AUGCACACGUUGGAGGGGAAUGAGUUAUGGAAGGAAUGCGUUCGAUGGUUAGUCGACAUGGGAGUGCUCGAUCAUCGGAUAGCACCUACUAACUCGAUGCUGGAAUUCGCCACAAUGCUAAGGGAUGGUGUUCUAUUAUGUCGUCUGUUAAACGAAUUAUCCCCCAAUUGUGUGGAGGAGAAAGAAAUCCAAAGGCGACCUCAUAUGUCAGAAUUUACUUGUCAUAAAAACAUUUGUCUAUUCCUUGGUGCCUGCAAAACUGUAUUCAAUUUGAAACAAGAACAAAUGUUCGAAGCUUGGGAGUUGUUUCGUUUGCAAGACUUCGCAAAAGUUUUAUCCGUCCUUUCUAUGUUGUCCUACUCGGAGCCGGCAUUGGCAAAGAACGUCAGACCAUUCCCCUCCGAAAUAGAUGCUACAUUGUCUCCUAAUCUUCCUCUUCGAAUACGUCCUCCUCCGGAAGAAGAAGCCAUUUAUCGAAGUUUACAAGAUGAUGUAGAAAAAGUUGACUUGGACGCUGCCAUCUAUGACAUCUCACCAUUGAAGAAUGAGGAAGAGGAACCCCAAUUCAUCUAUGACCAUAUCGUCUGUAGAAAAGAUAGUCAACGGAAACAUGAUGUCUGGUCAAGCUUCUUACCGUCUUCCAAACGAGAACACUGCAUGAAAGAACUUCUUGACACGGAGCAAAACUAUGUUGAAAAGGCGUUGAAUAUGAUAAUCAACAAGUUUUAUGAGCCGCUCCAGAAGGUUAUUCGAGAGACCGAUCACAAAAUGAUCUUCAUGAAUAUCAUGACACUGUGGAAUUUGCACCACUCAUUUUAUAGCGAUCUGAGACUUGCAGUGCUGAAAACGUUGGGUUUGAACCAACCCAACGAGGGUCGGCCAAACUCAUUGGCCCUAGGACGUACUAUUGGCGAUGUUUUUGUCCAGCACAAGGACAAAUUUAUCGCAUAUGGUCCAUAUUGUAUGGGCCUUAGCGACUCGAGGGCACGUAUCCUUGAGCUCGAAAAGAACGACCCUACUAUCAAAGCCAAGAUUUAUGAGUGCACAGCAUCUGUGAACGAUAACCAAUUUAAAUUACAAGAUUUGCUAUGCCUUCCAAUGCAACGUGUGCUGAAGUAUCAUAUACUGCUCUCGGUUAGUUUUGAUUUUUAUGGGAGUUUUUUAGCGUUAAUUUUCAUUUGUUUUGGUCCCAGCUGA